AUGGACGGUCAUGGAGGUACCGUGACGUCAACCUCGUCUCAGUGGAGCGGAUCGGACGGCUCUGAUCUGUCCCCGAGGGACGUUAGAUGCGCGCGAGGCCCGAGACGGCGCGGAUGGCGGAGAUUGACGGCCAUUCUGAUCGGGACCCGGCAUGAGGAGGAGGAUGAGCGGGGAGUUGAGGGGAGCUUGGGGAGAGAACGCGGGGAGGAGCACGAGGGAAGGGGAAACGAGGAGGGCGAUUUUGGAGCGCAGAGCCGCGGAAGCGGAGGGUUGCCUUUGGAGGAGCGUGACUUUAGCGGUGGUGGUUCCGCCGCUCUGAAUGAUUCGCACAGUAGAGAGUCACAAGGGUUCUGGCACUCGUCACAUAGCCAUCCACAUGACGCGUCCCCAUUGGACCAGGUGGUGGUGGACACGUCAGCAGCACCCUCCGUGUCAUUUAGCGACGCACUCAUGAAAGAAGUCCUUCCCAGAAGCUUCCCGGAUGGGAGUGAGGGGGAGGAGGAGUUGUGGAGGAAAGGAGACGGCAUGAGAAAGGGUUUUAAAAGGGUGGGUCGGCGGCUUAUUCGGGCUGUGAAGAAACGACCUGUGCUCAUGAGACAGCUGGCAGCUGUGGUAAGCAGAACGCUGACUCAAUUGUCACGUCACAUCACCUUUCCUGCCGACAGGUGCUCCUUGCUGUUCCUUUUUCGCCGUCUCUUCUACCAUCCCGUUUUUCACUCCCUUUCAGCCAGCGCCCCUCCAUUCCCAAACCCCUCGACCCUCCCCAUCCCUCUUAUCCGGCCAAUCCGUCACCCGCUCCGUUCCUCCUCCCUAUCAGAUCCACCUAGCUGCCUCCACCCAUGUUCGCCCGUAUGCCCAUCCCCGUCCUCCCUUGCUUCUCUCUCCAGCCGCCUUCUCUACUCAGCUUCUGAGGCGCCUCAAACAUCGCCUUCUGACGCACCUCAACAAGUCAUUCCCUCCUUCGCUAUCCAUCCGCCUGCGCUCCUAUCCGACGCUGCCACGUCAGCCAGCCCUGUUGUUGUAUCCGCUGCAGCACAGUACCUCGCUUCCGCCGUCUCCCCCUCCCAGCUCCUCUCUUCCUGCUUCUUCUCCCCUGACCAUGUCCCCCUGGACCCGAAACCCGGGGGUACAGAGCAGCAGUAUUACGUGGACGCAUGCCCUGUCAGUGUCAACGCCUCUGCCUCUGGCAUAGAGGGGACAGUGCAGCAGCUGCAGCAGCAGCAGCAGCAGCAGCAGGGUGAUGGCCUGAUGGUGAUCUCCAUAGUGCCGUCGGCUCUCAUCCUCGCUCCCUCGGAUUCCGGCAGUGACACUGUCAGGGCGCUCUGCAUCGCCCUGCCACUGGUCAUCCUCGUUAUAGGCCUGCUGCUCGUCUGCAUGAAUGGAUCCACGGACUUGGCUCGAACCGGGCAGACUCUGCGCGAGGAGCUGGUGCGGCAGCUGGUGGAGAAGCACAGGGUGGAGCAGCGCAGCAACCACAAGAGCCAGUUCCUCGCCAACAUGAGCCAUGAGCUGCGCACGCCCCUGGCGGGCAUUAUUGGUUUGCUGGACCUGCUGGCAUGCGAUGCGCUCUCCCCCGAGCAGGAGGCCAUGGUGCUGCAGAUCAAGCGCUGCGCCUCGGGCCUCCUCGCGCUCAUCAACAACGUCCUCGACAUCUCCAAGGUCGAGGUGGGUGCGCUGGAGCUGACCCUAGCGCCCUUCAGUAUAGUCACGGAGAUGGAGACGCUACUGGACAUGUUUGCAGUGCACUGCAUCGGCAGCGGGGUGGACCUCUCCAUGGAUCUCGCAGACGACCUCCCCGACAUGGUGCUGGGGGAUGCAAUGCGGUUCCGCCAGGUGCUCAGCAACCUGCUGUCCAACAGUGUGAAGUUCACGGAGCAGGGGUACAUUCACGUGCGCGUGUGGGUCGUGCACACUCCCAAUACUAUCGCCAUGUCGCGAACAGCUCUGGAAAGUGGUGCGGACAUAUAUUCCCUGAGAAUGAGCACUCUCAAUGCUCUUCUCCCCCACAAGCCGCACCCGCCGGCUGCUGCGCCUGCUCCCUCUGCUCUCGCCUCUGCUGCUUCUGCUGGCAGUGCUGCCGGUAGUGUUGUUGGCAAUGCUGCUGCUGGUGGUACUGCUAGUGCUGCUGCUGCUGGUGGGGCAGCUCGUGGUCACAGCAGGCACAGCCUACAGGUAACAAGAGAAGUCACACUGGUAGGAGAAGCAGAGGAGGAGGAGGAGGGAGAGGAGGAGGACGGGGAAGAGGACGGGGAGGAGGAGGAUGAAGAGAGUGUGAGGGGUCACAGGGGCAACCCGCACGGCUGUGCUCCCAUGAUGGGAGCAGUAGUAGCCGGGUGUUUACCUGUAGGGGCAGUGGCAGGAGGCGGGGAACGAGCAGAACUAGGAGGAGCAGCAGGCGGAGGUGCAUUCACAGGAGCAGGGGGUGGGAGGAGUGGGGGGGUGCGAGGGAGGGGUGAGGGAGCGCGAGGAGCCUUGGCCUGCGCAGGUGGGUUCCCCUGUGCAGGUGGGCUUCCCUCCUCCUCACCCUCCUCUUUGAACCACUCUGCUAGCUUCAGGGAGCAGAGCAGCCCGCUACUGGGGACCCGGGAGGGGGGAGUGAGGUCUUACAGUAACCGUAGAGCCCCAGGGGAGGUCAUGAGAGGGCUGUGCGUGGGAGGGGUUGCGGAUACGGCUGCUGAAUCCGACACAGAGGGGAGUGAGCUGGUGGAUAUAGUUGUUGAGGAAGGAGGAAGGUUGGGUUGGGGCGAAGGAGUGGGGAGGGAGGCUGGAGGUCAAACAGAUGGGAUGGCCUGCAGUGGGGUGGCAUCAGGGUCAGCUGGGGAAGGUGUAGCUGAGGAUGCUGCAGAGGAAGGGGAGGGUGUAGCUGGUGAGGGUCCACCUGGGGAGCUCCCACCUACGGGUGAUGAGGAGGUUCCACCUGGGGAAGGCCCACCUGGAGGGGAGGGUCCAGCAGGCGAGCCUGCCGCAGACGACCGAGUGCUGAUAAUCUUUGAGGUGGACGACACGGGGUGUGGUAUACCACCGGAGAAGCGCGAGGCGGUGUUUGAGAGCUUCUCGCAGGUGGUCGAGUCGGCCACGCGCGUGCAUGCGGGCUCGGGGCUGGGGCUGAACAUUGUGAAGGGACUCGUGGAGCUCAUGGGCGGCCAUGUGGCUGUCGCUGAUAAGGAAGGUCCUGGUGCCCUCAUCCGCUUCUCCCUCAUGCUGCCCCGUGUCCCCCCUCCUGCCGCUCCUGCUGGUGGUGGUGACGGAGCUUCUGGCGUGGACUACCCACCACCAGGCCACUCGGCAUCGUUCAUUCCAAGGUUUGGUGAAGGUCCAUCAGAUACCCCAUGGGGCGACCUGGUUCCCUCUCCUCCCCGACCAGCCGCUCCUGCUCUCAACCACAGCGAGGUUCAGGUGGUGCUGGCAAUGGAGGAGUGCCCUGGCAGGGCCACAGCAACCAAAUGGCUGGAGGGCAUAAGAAUCGCAGUGAAGGACGUGGGGGCGUGGGAGAGCAUUAAAACCGCACUGGACCACGCCAUUCACACCUCCCUGCUGCGCCGCCGAACCGCUGCCCUCACUGCUGCUGCCGCCACCAUCGGCCAUGGGAAAGGUGCAAGGGGAGACAGAGGGAUUCAGAGCGGUGCAGAGGGGCGUGGAGAGGCAGGGAGUGGUUCUCAGAGAGCGGGGAGGGCGUAUGUGUCGUCUGAGGCACGGCGGCGGUCAUUCACUGCACCAAUUAUGCUUGCAGGGCGUGUGGGGGGCUCCCUGGUUCCUGCUGCUGGUGCUGCUGCUGCUGCUGCUGCUGCUGGUGAUAGAGGCAACACUGUAGACCCUUCUUCUGCUGCGGCUGGUGUGGGGAGGCACGAGGGCGGGCGGGAGGGAGAGAGGGGAGGAAGCAGGCGGUGGUUGCCGUCUCGUCUGGCCCCCUUUGACUCGGUUCAAAAGCCUUCCCAGGGGUUGCUUGCAAAAAUGGAGCUAUCAUCAAUGCUGCCGUCUUCGCUCGCUGCUCUGGCUGGGCUUGGGCAUUCCUCGCACCACUCUCACUCGCCCCUCCUCACUCACUCCUCCCACCACGUAUUCUCCUCCCACCCCACUCAGUCAGGAAGCCGCGGGCUGUGCAACGCCCUGGCAGACCUAGCAGAGCAGGACCCGCUAGCAGUGGGGGCGAGUGCUGCCAGUGACCUGCCUCGCUUUGACGUGCAUGGGGAGGGGGGGCUCGGCGGCAGCCCUGCAGCUCGACCAUUUCUCAUUCCGCCUGAGCUCGAGAGGCUCUGUGCCGAUCUGAACGCCAUCCGCACGGAGACCACACAGAUGGCAGAGUCACUCGUGGUGGCGUGGCUAGUCCCCCCGGGGGUGGACCCUCGUCUGCGUCGCUUCCUGCAGCAGCAGCACCACGCGCUCGUCACCACCCGUCCCCUGCAUGCCUCCCACCUCACAUACACCCCUUGUGCCCUGUGUCCCCCUUUCACAGAUGGCGGAAUCAUUGGUCGUGGCAUGGCAGAGUCUCUUGUGGUGGCGUGGCUAGUCCCCCCGGGGGUGGACCCUCGUCUCCGUCGCUUCUUACAGCAGCAGCGCCACUCACUCGUCACCACCCGCCCCCUGCAUGCCUCCCGCCUCAUCCACAUCCCUUGUGCCCUGUAUGCCCCUUUCACAGAUGGCGGAAUCAUUGGUCGUGGCGUGGCUAGUCCCUCCGGGGGUGGACCCUCGUCUGCGCCGCUUCCUGCAGCAGCAGCACCACGCGCUCGUCACCACCCGUCCCCUGCAUGCCUCCCACCUCACAUACACCCCUUGUGCCCUUCCCCCCGGGGGUGGACCCUCGUCUCCGUCGCUUCUUACAGCAGCAGCGCCACUCACUCGUCACCACCCGCCCCCUGCAUGCCUCCCGCCUCAUCCACAUCCCUUGUGCCCUGUAUGCCCCUUUCACAGAUGGCGGAAUCAUUGGUCGUGGCGUGGCUAGUCCCUCCGGGGGUGGACCCUCGUCUGCGCCGCUUCCUGCAGCAGCAGCACCACGCGCUCGUCACCACCCGCCCUCUGCACGCCUCCCGCCUCACACACAUCCUCUCCUGCUUCGCCCACGCCCUCAACGGGGACCCCAUGGGCGGAGGCUCGUCCCGAAACUCUUUCGUCAUGCUGGCCCCCGCCCCACUCACUGCGGAAGUGCCUGUUGCAUCUGCUGCAGCAGCAGCUCCAGAGCUGAUGCAGCAGCAGCAGCAGGAACAGCAGCAGCAGCAGCAGCAGCAGCCACACUCCCCUGCCCACAUCACCACCCACGCAUCCUUGCAUUCGUCGAUAUUGCCAGCUGGUUUUCCUCAAAUUGCUGCUGCUGUGGCAGCACCCUUAGACUCCAAAGAGCCCAAAGAGCUUGCUACAGACUCAGAAGCAGCUGUAGCAGGAGUGGGAGAAGUGGCAGGAGGAGGAACAGGAGCAGCAGACGCAGCAGCAGGAGGAGCAGCAGGGGCAGGAAUAGUUGCAGAGGCAUUUGGGAGUGGUGCUUCUGGUGCUUCUGGUGCUGCUGCUGCUGCUGCUGCUGCUGCUGCAAUAGUUGGUGGGUCUCCUCGUUUUGGUGAGUCUGGGCGGCUGUCUCACCGCGGCUCUGGUGGCUUACCACCCAAGGGCCCUGCGUCUGCUGCUGUUCUUGCUGCCGCAACCAGCUACUCUCAGUAUUCCCAGCAGCAGCAGCAGCAGCAGCAGCAGCAGCAGCAGCAGCAGCAGCAGCAGCAGCAGCAGCAGCAGCAGCAGCAGCAGCAGCAGCAGCAGCAGCAGCAGCAGCAGCAGCAGCAGCAGCAGCAGCAGCAGCAGCAGCAGCAGCAGCAGCAGCAGCAGCAGCAGCAGCAGCAGCAGCAGCAGCAGCAGCAGCAGCAGCAGCAGCAGCAGCAGCAGCAGCAGCAGCAGCAGCAGCAGCAGCAGCAGCAGCAGCAGCAGCAAGAUCAACCAUGGCAGCAGCAACAGAGCUUCCUGGAAGCAUAUGCCUUGGUAACUGGGGAUGCCAGUGGUAGCUCUCCUGCUUCGAUUUCUCCUUCUGCUGCCGCUUCUACUGCUGAUAUGGGUUCAGGCGCCUCCUGGAGUGGGUUUGGCAGCUUCAAUGGCGCUAUGGUCGCUGCUGUGGUGGGUACUGCCACAGAGCUUGAUUCUAGAUCGUAUGAUCCCACGGCACCGGCUUCUCUUUCUCCCUCCUCCAGCACAUCCCCUCCUGAUUCAGCCCUGCCUGCCCCAGAAGAGCCUUCCUCAGAAAUGCUGUGCUUAGCUGCGGCCACGGCGUCUUCUGUGGACGUCCCUCCAUCGCUCAACUCUGUGUGGGAGAGCAUCACACGCAGCACCAGGCAUCAACCCGCUGCUGCUGCUGCUGCUGCUGGCACUGUAGCAAAAGCAGUAGCAGCAGGAGCAGAAGCAAGAACACCAGGUGUGGGGGGUGGGGAGGGAGUGGAGGAGGAAGAGGAGGAAGAGGAGGAGGAAGAGGGGGUGGAGAAGAAGGAGCGGGUGGAGGGAGGAGGAGGGAGACGACGCCUCUCUUUCAACGCUUGGCGUGUGCCUGCGUCAGUCUUGCCCUCUGCUGCUGGUAAUGCUGCUGAGAUACAGCCGCCGACAACUGCUCUUACAACUCAGGACCCCUCUGCGUCUCCUCACACCACCCAGCACCCCUCUGCAUCUUCUCCCACCGUUCACCACCUCUCUGCAUCUCCGCACAUACAUGUGCACUCCUUGCAGCAACGUUCCCACUCAGACCAGUACGCUCGCCCCACGAAUCCCACCAGUCUCGCCAACCCCCUCCACCCUCGCUCAAGCCUAUCCGACGGUCUAGAGCGGCUUCGAACGAUCAAUCUAAAUCUGAGCCAUGCAUCUACUCUCGCCCAUCGCCCUUCUGCUGCCGCUGCUGCUGCUGUUGCUGCUGCUGCUGCUGCUUCGCCGGCACUCGCUUCCCCCUCUGCGCUCCCUCAUUUUACCACUCUCGUGAGCCCGGGCCAGGGAGGCAGCCUCGGGCGAGGCUCGGCACAGAUCCGGAAGCUGAGUGGCAGCUUCGGCGGCAGUGCGCGUUUCGGUGGGAACACUGGGAAUUCUGGGGAGAGUGCAAACGGCGCUGCUGCUGGUGCUAGUGCUGCAGCAGGUGCGGGGAACCUGAGUGGUGUAGGGUUGGGCUGGCCAGGUCUGGCACACCUGCCUCACUUUGCAUCUCUCUCCGGGGCAUCCCGGCUUGGUCUCAUCCGGUCUAUGUCAGCCGUGCACAGCUAUGCUGCUGCCUCCUCCCUCUCCGUCCUCUGCCAACCCACUAUGCUCUCUGGAAUCGGGUAUGACCACCAGCCUAGUGUGCUGUCUGGUAUGGGUGGUAUGGGGUAUGACCACCAGCCUAGUGUGCUGUCCGGAUUUGGUCCGAGUAGCUUGGGCCGUGAAACCAUAUUCGAGGCUCCGCACAUGUCGGUUCAAAUGCCGCCGCACGUGUCACCUGGCAUGUCACCUGGCAUGUCACCUGGCGUUUCACCUGGCGUGCUGUCUGGCAUGCUGUAUGCUAUCGGGUCCGAGCCGAUACCGGAAGCGUAUACAUCACCUGGGCAUGGGAACUUCAUUGCGAAUGUCCCUGGGGGUAGUGGUAGGUAUGACUUGCGGGGGAGCGGGAGGAGCAGCAGUGGUAGCCCGAGUCUUCCUGGUGGUAGCAGUAAGUAUGGUCUCCUGGGAGGAGGGGGGAGCAGAAGUGGGAGCCUCCCUGGUGGAACUGGUAGUAAAUAUGACCUGCAGGGGGGCCUCCGGGGGAGCGGGGGGAGUAGGAGUGGGAGGAGGGGGGGCAUGGGACUGCAUGUGCGGGUGGGAAGUGCUGGGAGUGCUAGUGGGUUUGGAAUGCAUGAGAGCAAUGUGGGUAUUGGUGGUAUGGGCAUGGGCAUGGGCGUAGGAAUGGGCAUGGGCAUGGGUUUGGGUGGUUCUACUGGAAAUCUGCAUUCUGCUCCACCUUACUCCAGUGCCCACGCUACGUCAGCUGCCCAUGCCAUAGCCUCGUCACCUUCCCAUGCCGUAACGCCGGCCCAUGCCACAUCACCUGCCCAUGCCACGUCACCUGCCCACGCCACAUCGCCGGCUCAAACCCCGUCGCCUCACUCCCAGCCAGUGGCUUAUCACAGGAGAGGGGCAGCCAACCCAGAGGCAACAUUCUCACAACCACCAUCAUACCUCAAAGGCAGCACCGUGCUCUACUCCACCACCACCCAUUCCACCCAUUCCACCCACUCCAACCACUCCAACCACUCCAACCACUCCAACCACUCCAACCACCCCUCGCACUCCUCCCACUCCCCCUACUCCUCCCAGCAAGCAGCAGCCAGCUCUCUCAGGCCAGGACUAGCAGCAGGCAGCCCAGCAACAGCAGCAGCAGAAGUAGUGGCACCUCCACCCACGUCGGUGUCCUCGCCCCACUCCCAGGCAGCAGGCUACCUACGAGGCUUUCACAGCAUGGCCCGUACCACCUCCAACUUUUCUUCUCUGGACGCAUCCAAAGGGAAGGCUCGCACCAGCUCUUUUUCUCUGGACGCGUCCAACAAAGGAAUAGUCCAUACCAGAUCCAGCCCCAACGUUCGUGAUGCACCUGAAGUUAUGGCUCACACCAGCUCUGAUUCUCCCGAUGCGCCCAACAACGGCAUGCCCCACGCCGGCCUCGCUCCCAGGAGCAUGCCUCGCACGAGCUCAGCCCCUCUGGAUGCCCCUCGCGUGGUGCCCAUGCCCAGAAGGUCGCUCCAGCACCACUCUGCUAUGUACUCUGUGACUGGGGCGAAUGGGACGAGUGGAAUGUCGUCUCUUGACGUGCCUCAGAAAUACCACUCUGCCAGGUAUUCUUCUGCUGGGGCAUCUGUGCUUGAGGCCACUCAAGAGCACCAUUCUGCCAGGUACACCACAGGUACGGUGACUGGGGCGUCUGUUCUCCUUGAGGCGCCUCAGAAACACCACUCUGCUAGAUACACUGCUACUGAGGCGAGUGGGGUGGGCGCGCCGAGUGAAGCAUCUGUCCUUGUUGAGGCGCCUCAGAAACACCAUAUUGCCAGGUACACUACGAGUGGGGCGACUGUGAUGAGUGGAGAGAUGGGACCGAGUGGAACGAGUGCAGCCAGUAGUCUUGUUAAGAGCCUUUCUGCAGCACAACCGGCCGUACAAACGAGUAUGCACCCAGGCAUGCAGUCAAGCGUGCUGCAGAGCGUGCAAGCAGGAGUGCAGCAUCUAGGAGUGCAGGCACAGGCUGGGUUAGCAGGGGGGGCGGGUGGGGGAGUGAGGAGAGAAGGAAGGGAAGCAGGGGGGGCAUUAACAGCUGAGGGACUAGCAGAAGCAGAGGGGGCAGGAGGGGCCGCCUCUGCUGCUGGCAGUGCUGCUGGUACAGAUGGUGACAGAGGAUAUGGCAGCAGGUGCAGGGAGUGGAGUGGAGCCACUACUAGCGUGGAGGCAGGGCAGUCAGAAGAGCCCGUUGCGUUGGGAACAACACAGCAGGAUGAGCACACCACGAGAGGGAAAAUUCCUAGGACAGGAUCAGCGUUGGAGUUUGGGCUUCUGAGGGGGCUGUCUGUGCAAGUGCCUGAAGAUGCUGCGGGACCAGAGUUGCUCGGUGGCUCUCAAGGAAGAGACUUGCCUGGUGGUUCUGAGGAAGGAAACUUGCUUGGAGGCUGUGAAGAGAGAGCGUUUGUAGGGAGAGGGUCCGACGGAAAAGACUUUGUGGCGGUUCAUUGUGAACCUGGAUCGGGUUUAGGUGAGUGGAGGGAGGUUGAUGAUGGCCUGGGGGAGCACCUGAAGCAGCCACUUGGCAGAAUAGUGCAGCAGAAGCAGCAGCAAGAGGAGGAGGAGGAGGAGCAGAAGAGGGAGCUGCAAGCGGAGCAGCAGCAGCAGCAGCAGCAGCAGCAGCAGCAGCAGCAGCAGCAGCAGCAGCAGCAGCAGGUACCACAGUCACCAAACACCCAUCAGCUUCCUUGGCAGCACUCUUCAUCUCUCCUGCGCGCCACAUCUGCAACACCCAACACCCUGCAGCACCACUCGUCACACCUCUCCAUCUCAUCAACUUCCGAUACCCAGAAUCAGCUCGAGCCGUUCCCCUCUCUCUCCCACACCGUCCCCCAACGCCCUUCCACAAGCCCUUGCUGCGGUGCCAACCCGAUGGGGUUAUCUAGGCGAGGAAUGGUAGGGAGGGGGGUGCAGACGAUUGGUGCAAGGGCGGAUAGUGGGGAGAAGGGUGAGUGGGUAGGCAGUGUGGGCCCGUCCACGCCCACCACCCCUCCCACAGCACCUUGGUCCGGGUUUGACGCCAGGUCUGGGCGAGCGCGGCCGAGCUUUGAAACGCCACAGAGCAAGGUGAGGCGAGGCAUUACAGGAUCACACACCCCUGGCAGAGACGCGGGCCCAGCAGCAGGAGCAGCAGGAGGAGCCGCAGGAAGAGCAGGAGCAGGAGCAGGAGCAGGAGCAGGAGCAGGAGCAGGAGCAGCAGCAGGUGGGGUAGGGUCGGCCAUGCCAACAGGCAAGCCGCUGGCAGGGCUGCAUAUUCUGGUGGUGGAGGAUACAGCAGUGCUGCAGAAGCUAGCAGCGUCUAUGCUGAGGAAAAUGGGUGCACGCGUGGCCGUGGCGUCGGAUGGGCAGCAGGCUGUUGCUGCUGUGCUGAGCUCCUGGGCGGAUGACGAUAGAAGUGCAGGUGCUGCUGGUGCUGCUGGUGCGGCUGGUGGUGGUGCUGCUGCUGCUGGUGGUGAUUCCGCUGGUGCUGGUGGUGGUACUGCUGCUAGUAUUGCGGGUGGUAGUGGGAGCAGUGGCAUUGGCAGCAGGAGGAAGAGUUUCAGCAUAGCGCGAGAAGCAAUUCUGGCCGGCUCACCUGCAGCAGCAACAGAAGCAGCAGCAGCAGCAGCAGCAGGGCAGGAAGGGAAGCUAGAAAGGGCACGCAGCAGCAGCCCAGCUCCUAGGUCAGGCAACUCAAGCACCACGGGGGCAGGCAACACAGCCACUGCGAGCAACACAGGCAAAGCAGACAGCCCCCGCACCCCAAGCAGCACCGUCAGGUCUCUCUUCUCCUCUGCUGGCUCCUCCACCCUUCACGCUGCCUCUGGCCUUCACGCUGCUGCUGCCUCUCCCUCAGACGCCCUUCCCUCUGCCGCUGCCUCUCCCUCAGAUGCCGUUCCCUCUGCCGCCCCCUCGCCCUCCGCGGGUUCCUUUCACUGGAAGCCUCGCCGUGGCAGCAGUGGCACUGUCUCCUUCCUCCUCUCUGCCCUCCCUUCCGCCUCCCCUCUCUCUUCCACCCCUCUGGCCUCAUCCCUCUUGUCUAGCCCUCCUGUGGCAACAGCAGGGGGAGGGGGAGGAGGAGGAGCAACAGCAACUGAAGCAGGAGGAGGAAGGGGAGGAGGGGUUGUUGGGGAAGGGUGUGAGGCAGCAGGAGUGCAGCAGAGUCAGAUCAGUGCGCCCCUUGAAGUACAGCACGCAGUGGGGGGAGAGGAAAGGCCGAGAUCAUCAUUUUCCAACCCGUUUGAUCCAUCAGGGGCAGCUGUAGCAACAUCAGCUGUAGCAACAUCAGCUGUAGCAGCGAAUAAUGGCAGCAACGCAGUGGCUACAGCUGGGGUGGAUGGGUCUAAGGGCAGUGGGAUGAGUGGAGGAGGGGAUGCAGCAGCAGCAACAGCAGCAGCAACAGCAGCAGCGGAUCCGUUUGACAUUGUUCUCAUGGACUGCCAGAUGCCAGUGAUGGAUGGGUACACGGCCACGAGGACCAUUCGUGCGGCAGAGAGGGGCACAGGGCGCCACACUGUCAUCUGUGCGCUCACUGCUCAUGCGCUUGCCAGCAGAGAGGGGCACGGGGCGCCACACUGUCAUCUGUGCGCUUGCCAGGUUGCUAGUGGACACUGUUCAACGGCUAGUCAGCAGCAACAGGAGGGCAGCAAGGCGGAGCCUGAGUAA